AUGAUGGCUGUAAACUAUUUUUAUCUUUUGAAUAGUUGCCCCUCCUUGAAAUCAGUAAUACAUAAGUUUCCUCUCAGAGGUCAUACUCAUAUGGAAGCAGACUAUGUUCACGCUCUGAUUGAGCGAACCGUAAAAAAGCAGCCAACAAUGACGAUAGCUACACCUUGGGAUUGGCAACAGUUGAUUAUAUCAACUGGAGCUACAGUUUGGAACAUGGAAGUAACCGAUUUCAAAAAUUUUGAUCUUUUGUACACAUCCUCAAAUGCCCCAUUUGUUAAUCGAAAAAUCAAUACCUACAGAAAAAGAAAACUUUCUUAUUUCAUCAGCAGUAUGGCUAGAAGUACGUCGUCAAAGUUCAGGUCUGCUUUAUUAUAA